GGCGUGGCGAGCCCCGCCCUGCGCGUGCGCGUAGAGGCAGGCAGGCGGCCGGCCGGCCUUGCGCCUCCCUGCCGAGGCAGGAAGGCGGAAGCGGCGGAAGCGGAAGCGGCGGGCAGGAAGGAAGGAAGGAAAGAGGGCGGGGCCUGCCGGGCGGAGCGGGCGCGUUCCCGUCAGCGGGAACGACCGAGCGACCGAGCGGCGCCGUCACAAAAGGAAGCGUCGUCGUCGUCGUCGUCGAGGGGGCCCCGCGGCUGCCUCGCUCGGUGGUGGAGGCCGCGCUCGUCCGCCUUUGCCCCCCCCUUCCCCUCCCCCCCCCCGCCGCCUCGGGCGCGGCGCCGGCGGGCUCCCUCAGGGCCGCCCCUCCCCCCCCCGCACGGAGCAGGAGGAUCGCGGCGGCGGCGGGCGGGCCGGGCGGCCUGGCCCGGCCUGGCCCGCCGCGGCCAGGCCCUGCCCGGCCUGAGCGGCUCCCGUCUCGCCUUCCUCCUCCUCGUCGUCCGCUUCGUCGUCCGCCAUGGCGCAGCAGCAGGUGAGCAGCUCCCAGAAGGCGCUGAUGCUGGAGCUGAAGGGGCUGCAGGAGGAGCCCGUGGAAGGUUUCCGCAUCACCCUGGUCGACGAGUCCGACCUCUACAACUGGGAGGUGGCCAUCUUCGGCCCGCCCAACACGCUCUACGAGGGCGGCUACUUCAAGGCUCAUAUUAAAUUUCCUAUAGAUUACCCGUAUUCACCGCCUACCUUCAGAUUUCUGACCAAAAUGUGGCACCCGAACAUUUACGAGAAUGGGGAUGUAUGUAUUUCAAUUCUUCACCCACCUGUAGAUGAUCCUCAAAGUGGAGAACUGCCAUCGGAAAGGUGGAAUCCCACCCAGAAUGUCAGGACUAUCCUACUGAGCGUAAUCUCCUUGCUUAAUGAGCCCAACACCUUCUCUCCGGCAAACGUGGACGCCUCCGUUAUGUUCAGGAAAUGGAGGGACAGCAAAGGGAAAGACAAAGAAUAUGCGGAGAUCAUCCGGAAACAAGUGCAGGCCACCAAGGCGGAGGCGGAGAAGGACGGUGUGAAGGUGCCCACCACGCUGGCCGAGUACUGCAUCAAAACUAAAGUGCCUUCCAACGACAACAGCUCCGACUUGCUUUACGACGACCUGUACGACGACGACAUCGACGACGAAGACGAGGAGGAGGAGGAGGAAGAGGAAGACGCCGAUUGUUACGACGACGAUGAUUCCGGCAACGAGGAGUCGUGACCUGUCCCCUUCUGGCCCUCCUCCCCUCCCUCUUCCACCCGCCCGCCCAGCCUCCCAAUCGUACAGCCUCGCCAGUUUUGCCAGAGGGGACGCAGCGGUAAAAUCCAGUGACCGUUCAGGAAGAAAAGAAGAAGGAAAAACAAAACAAAAAAGAGAGAGAGAUACCUUCAAAGGGGCGGGCGGGUGGGGCAAAAAGACCCCAACCAAAAACGUGCGUUUCCUGCUUUUCUCCUCUCGUACGGAUUCUUGGUUUCGUCCGUCCCCCUUCCAUCAGUUCCCGGUCCUUUUGGCCUCGUAGCGAGAAAGACCUGCGCGGAUGAUCUCGGAUCGCACUUCCUUUCCCGCCCCAUCACUGUGUUUUUGAUUUCCCACCCUCCUUCCCUCCCCUCCCCUCCUUUUUUUUUUUUUAAACAAAGACAAUACCUCCUCCCUGCCCUCCCCCCUCCCUGCCUGCCCCUCUUCCCUUCCAGAGAGUUCACAGUACAGCAAAACAGUCUCGCUCUGUGUUUAGGUUCUCGAAUUAAACCCAGUCUUUCAUCAA